ACUAGAUGUCGUCCUACUAGUUGAACACGUGGUUUUGUUGUUGUAUGGUAAUGAAACAUGCCUUCGAAACUGGUAGAAUUUAUGAUGUUGAUAGGAAAAUUAAAGAGAGUGAGGCGGACUGGUUGGGUAAUGAGAAACAUUCCAGAUGCCGAAAGUGUGGCAGACCACAUGUACCGAAUGGGAGUUUUGGCAAUGUUGCUGAAUAGUGACAAUGGAUCGCAACAUUUAGAUAAAGAUAAAUGUGUAAAGAUGUCUCUUGUACAUGAUCUUGCUGAGUGCAUUGUUGGAGACAUCACACCACACUGUGGUGUGUCAAAUGAAGAGAAGCAUGAGAAAGAAAAGGCUGCAAUGAUACACUUGACAACAUUAUUAGACAAGAAAAUUGGUGAGGAGAUAUUUGCCUUGUGGAAGGAAUAUGAAGAACAGAAUACACCAGAAUCUAGAGCUGUUAAAGAUCUAGAUAGAUUUGACAUGAUUCUUCAGGCAUAUGAAUAUGAAGAUAUGUUGGAACAACCAUCUAGUUUAGAAGAAUUCUUCAACACCACUAAUGGUAAAUUUCAGAAUCCUCAGAUUAUCAAAUGGACCGAAGAACUAUAUGCUUUGAGGAAUACAAAGAAAGAGUGAACAAAAAUUUGUUGUUACUCAGUAAACUUCUUUCAUUUUCAUUAAGUUUUGUGAGCACAAAUGUGAUAAGUUAAUGCAGAACCUGAAGACUAUCAUUGUUGUGAGUUAUAUAACAUUACAUUUCCUAGUUUUUAUUUGUACUGUAAGUUGAAAUGUAUGGAUGUAAGUUUGAGUUUUUAAAAAAUAAAUUA